AUAAAUUAAAAUGGAAGAUGCUGAUUAUUCUGUGAAAAAUCGUAAAUCACAAGUAACGAAGUUGAACACAGUACAAUUUGAAGAUCAAAGUCAAUUGAAGACAAAUCCUAAAAUUCUAAAUAAUUCGAAAAAUAUAACAAAUGAAAAGCUAAGAAAGCCGUCAGUACCAAUUCUACGUAAUCGAUUUUUUCGAACCAUCUGGACAACGCGUAAUACAGUCAAUGCCACUGAUCGAAGAGUAUUCAUAAGUACUACACUAAGAGAAUUAUUAGUGUAUAUAGUGUUUUUGACAUUACUACUGAUAAUUGCUUUGACGACUUUAAAUUCAGUGACAUAUUUCUACAACACAAGUGUAUACAAACGGUUCAUAGUAACAGACGGCUCAACGACAUCUGAUAGUCCGCAACCAUUUCAAAAUAUUCACGAUCAUACAGCUAUGUGGAAUUAUAUCAAUGGUCAAUUAUUGAAUUCAUUGUAUUGGGAUGCUUGGUAUAAUCAACUUAAUGUAUCAUUUAAUGAAAGAGAAUUUAUUGCUCAUGAUAAUAAAGUUUUAGGUGUUGCACGUCUUCGACAACUUAGAGUAGAUCCAUCACAAUGUGAUAUACCAAAACAGAUGAAAGGUGUUAUAAAAAAGUGUUAUCCUGUUUACAGCACAAAAGCACGUUUUACAAAACCAAUAGAAAUACAAGGAAAUAUCACACCUAAUUAUACAAAAAAUGCAUGGAACUUUAGGGAUUCUGAUGUUACAGGAGCCACCGGUUAUUCUGCACCAUAUGGUUAUUAUGAUGGUUCCGGUUAUAUACAAGAUUUGUCCAGAUCAAAUGAUGAAACUGUAGCCAUUUUAAAUGAGUUAUUUCAAGGUCGGUGGAUAGAUCAAUCAACUCGUGCAUUGUUUAUUGAUUUUACAAUAUAUAAUGCAAAUAUAAACAUAUUUAUUAUAGUAAAAAUCAUAUUUGAAAUGCCUGAAUCAGGUGGACUAUUUGGUAGCACUGUAGUUCAACCAGUCCGAUUGUUUCGUUAUCAAACAGUAACUGAUUACUUUGUUUUAGUAUGUGAAAUUGUGUAUUUGGUGUUUCUUGCCUAUUAUGUUAUUGAAGAGAUACUUGAGUUAUCAGUUAAACGUUGGAGAUAUUUUAUAAAUAUUUGGAAUUUAAUGGAUAUUGCAAUGGUUGUAGCCAGUAUAAUAUGUGCAGGUUUUUUAAUAUACAGUACCAUUAUUGUAUCAAAUAAUAUGUCCGCAUUAAUUAAUGAUAUCUCAUCUUAUCCAAAUUUCGAUUAUCUUGCUUAUUGGUAUAGUCAUCAUAUAAGAUCGAUGGCAAUUUGUGUAUUUCUUGGAAUAAUCAAGAUUUUUAAAUAUUUAACAAUUGAUCGUUCAUUAAAUCAAUUAACAAGAACAAUGAGUAUAGCUGCUUAUGAUUUAUUGGGAUUCUUAAUUAUGUUUUGUAUUGUAUAUUUUGCAUUUGCUCAAUUGGGUUAUUUAGCAUUUAGUGCUAGAACAUUAGCAUAUAGUUCAUUUACUCAAACAACUUAUUCAUUAUUUCGUAUCAUGGUUGGUGAUAUUGACUUUCCAUCAAUUCUCAAAGCUCAUCCUGUUUUAGGACCGAUAUUUUUUGUGACUUUUGUUUUCUUUGUAUUUUUUGUAUUAUUAAAUAUGUUUCUGGCUAUUAUUGAUGAAUCGUACAAAACAACAAAAGCUGAAUUAAUUCAACAGAAAAACGAUGUAACAUUGGGUCAUAUACUUAAAAAAAAAGCUAAAGAUUUAGCUAAAAGAGUUCAAAAGAAACGAUCUAAAUCGAUUGUUCGUAUAUUACGAGAAUAUGGAUUAAUGGGUAAAGAAAAUUUACCGUAUGAAGAUUAUCGUAAAGCAUUAAAAAGUCAUGGAUAUAGUGAACCAGAAAUUUUUACAACAUUUAUGAAAUAUGAUGAAGAUGGUGAUAAUAAUUUAAAUCUAACAGAACAACAACAAUUAGCCUAUGAAAUUGAUUUGGGUGUAAUCUAUAAAAUUGGAGAACCAGUUGAUGAAGGGAUUGGGACAGAUGAAGAUUCCAAUGGAAAUUCUGUUAAAGAUGAAGAUAAUUAUGUUGAUCCUGAAGACUAUUAUGAAUUAAUUCAAAAUGUUGAUUUUAUGGAAGCUACACUUAUUUCAAUUAUUACACGUAUAGAUGAAUUAUUAGCAAGUUUAGAACAAAUUGAAAUAGCAAAACGUGAACAUAGAAUACAACUUAGUGGAAUAGUUAAAGAUAUGUCUCGAACACUUCAGUUGAAAUAAACGUAUGGUUCUAAACGAAUUGAUUAUCAUUUAUUUAGUACUCUUCAUAAUAGAAUAACAGGUAAUAUCAUCAUCAUCAUCAUUAUCAUAAUGAAUUUGUCAUUGAUUGUUGAAACAUGUUAACAACUAUGUUCUAAAUAAAAGCUCAUUUAAAAUUUAACAAAACUUUAAUUAAAAUUGAAU